AUGCAUCAAGAUAACGAGCCCACAGUUGGGAUUGUUAUUCCUGCCGCUGGUCGAGGCACACGAGCUGGUCAAGGUUGUCAGAAAGCAUACCGUCGUAUCGAAGGAGAUACUGUGAUCAAUCGUACAGUGAAACUGUUUCGCUCAUGGAAUUCGACCUGUCCAAUCGUGAUUGUUCACCAUGCCGACGAUACAGCGCUACUUGAAGCUUCUAUAGACCGGGACGACAAGAUACACACGACAACUGGUGGUGCCGAGCGUGGGGCAUCGGUUCUGGAGGGUCUUCGAUUUCUUUCUACACUUGCAAAUACCCCAUCGCAUGUAUUCAUCCAUGAUGCUGCGCGCCCAUUCGCCUCUCACGAUUUACUAAACACUCUUUUCAAUGCUAUACGGAAAGAUCCAUCAGUUGGUUUUAUUCCAGCAAUCGCAGUAGCCGACACACUGAAAAAGACCGACUCAACUGGCUUGAUUAUUCAAACUGUCCCAAGAGAAAGCCUUCACCGAGCACAGACUCCCCAGGCCUUUGAACUACAUACGAUUUUAAGUGCCCAUGAGCGGGCUGCCACCUCAGGCUUAAGCUACACCGAUGAUGCCUCUCUAUUCGAAGAAAUCGGUCUACCAGUCCGAGUCGUUCCUGGAGAAUCCAACAACAUCAAAUUAACUUACACCGAAGACUUCCACGAAGCCCGACGUUUACUGUUAGCCCAAACCUCAUCCACAUCAGUAGUACCGGAUGUCCGCGUCGGUCACGGCUAUGACACACAUCGGCUGGUACCAGGCGAGGAAAUCACCCUGUGUGGCGUAAAAAUACCCCACAAAGCGACGCUACUCGGUCACUCCGAUGCUGACGUCGGGCUACAUGCUCUUACAAACGCAUUUUUGGGCACCAUCGCCGCGAACGAUAUCGGCAGUCACUUUUCAGACAAGGAUCCACGAUGGGAAGGUGCAUCCUCAGAUAAAUUUCUUCGGCACGCUGCGAACCUGGUUAUCGAGGCUGGAGGAACUAUCACACAUUGUGAUGUUAGUUUCGUGUGUGAACAGCCACGGAUUAGUAUCCAUCGAGACGCGAUGCGAGACUCGAUGGCUGGUAUUAUCGGAUUGGAUCGGAGUCGUAUAUCCGUGAAAGCGGGCACAAACGAGAAGAAUGGGUUUGUGGGACGCGAAGAAGGUAUUGUGGCGUUUGCGACAGCUACGGUUGUUUUUCCCGGUCGUAUUUGA